AUGGACAUAGGCGAAGGCGGCGCGAUGCCGGUCAUUCUUGUAGAUUGGAUGGAUCGAGGUUUGACCAUCUGGCAUGAUCACCGCGUCGUGGUGUCAUCAUUCAUUCUCGCUGUUGGCCUCCUCGCGUUCUUUGUGCGCCGCAGGCAAGGCGUCCGAGUUACACAGCCGACCUCUCCGCCGCUGACUGCGAAGACUGACUGGCUUCCCAAGGCUGGCGCUGAGACUCAGACCAAGAGUCUGACACAGCUAAUAUCUCAUGGUAGUGCCCAACAAUACAAUCUUCGUUCGGCGAACUCGAGCCAGAAAGGGAAGCCUCGUGCGGCGGCUCGGGUGGUGACUGGACGAAAGCCAGCUGCAACCGGGACAGGAAAGACAGUGCCGGCACAAUCAGAAGCGCCAUCGAUUCAACCUUUGAUAUUCUUCUCUUCUCUGACGGGUACCACUGAACAGCUUUCCAAGGAGGUAUCGAGUAGGCUUGAGAGUCUCUCGACUCAGACGCCUGCUGUCCUCAAACCAGAAAUACAUGACCUUUCAUAUAUUGACCUUGAUGACUAUUUCAUCUCAGGACCUAAGUCUUCAACGCACCCUCUUCGCCCAAGCACUCGCUUUUUCUACCUGCUCCUCAUACCCUCUUACGACAUUGACACAAUCCUAAACACUUUCCUCUCCCAUCUUGACGAGACCCAUAAUGAUUUCCGGAUCGAUGCUUCAUCUUUGUCGGUCCUGGCGGGAUACAGUGUGUUUGGUAUUGGAGAUAAGGAAGGUUGGACGAGUGAAGAGAAAGGAUUCUGCUCACAGGCACUGGAGGUUGACAGAUGGAUGGCGAAACUGACAGGUAGGAAGAGGGCGUAUCCUCUCGGUCUCGGAGAUGUGAAGAGCAAUGUCAAGCAAGCCUUGGAUGACUGGGUCAAUGGCGUCUCCAGCGUCCUUGAAGAGCUGUCGUCGACCGGCUCUCUCGGGGAUGGCGUCCCUGGCAGUGGGGAGGCCGUCGAAAGCGAGGAUGAGGAGGAAGUGCUGGAGGACGACACUGAGGUCGACUUCCCUGAUUCCGGGCGAAACAAAAGACGCAAACUUGCAAAAACGACCGAUCUGGAGGACCUCGGUGGCACUGGUGGUUUGCCGUUGGCUGUUGAUUUUACAACUUACUCUUCACCAACCAACCAAAAUGCUGCAGUACCCCUGAAAGCCAUGGUACCCAAAGAAUCGCCCACAUACGCUGCAUUGACCAAGCAAGGCUAUACAAUUGUGGGAUCGCAUUCUGGGGUGAAAAUCUGCCGGUGGACAAAAUCUGCACUUCGUGGGCGUGGCUCAUGCUACAAGAAUUCGUUCUACGGCAUAGCCUCACACUUGUGCAUGGAAACCACGCCCUCACUCUCAUGCAGUAACAAAUGUGUCUUCUGCUGGCGGCACGGGACCAACCCGGUUUCUACCACCUGGAGAUGGGAAGUUGACGAUCCGCAAAUGAUCUUCGACGGUGCAAAGGAAGGCCACUACAAGAAGAUCAAGAUGAUGCGAGGCGUUCCAGGUGUGCGGAGCGACCGGUUUGAGGAGGCGAUGCGCAUCCGGCACUGCGCGCUCAGUCUCGUAGGUGAACCGAUAUUCUACCCUCGCAUCAACGACUUCGUGGGCCUUCUCCACAGUGAACACAUCUCCAGCUUCCUCGUCUGCAACGCUCAGCAUCCGCAGCAGCUGCGAGAGCUUACUCGCGUCACGCAGCUAUAUGUGAGUAUCGAUGCCAGCAACAGGGACAGCCUUCGCAAGAUCGACCGGCCGCUGCACCGAGACUUCUGGGAGAGAUUUCAGACCUGUCUCGAUAUCCUCCGGGAGAAGAGGUUCGUGCAACGGACCGUAUUCCGUCUGACCUUGGUCAAGGGCUUCAACAUUGACGACGAGGUCGAAGGCUACGCCGACCUCGUUGCAAAAGGCCUCCCAUGCUUCAUCGAGAUCAAGGGAGCCACGUUCACGGGCCCGGCGUCGUCUCUCACAAUGCAGAACAUCCCCUUCUACGAAGAGGUCGUGGCAUUCGUCGAGGCACUGGACAGGGCCCUCGCGAAUCGCGGCCUGGAAUAUGGAAUUGCGGCCGAGCAUGCACACAGCUGCUGCGCCCUGCUCGCCAGUAAGCGCUUCCGCAUCAAUCAGAGGUGGAAUACGAUCAUCGAUUAUGAAAAGUUUUUUACAUUGCUGGAUAGUGGAGCGGACUUUGGGCCCGAGGACUACUGUGCGGAAACGCCAGAGUGGGCUCUUUGGGGAAAUGGCGGCUUCGAUCCCAGAGACGAACGCGUGGAUAGGAAGGGUCGGCCCAAGGAAAAUAAGGUCACGGUUGCCCAGGACCUGCGGAAGAAUGAUGAGGGCAAUGCUGCGAAGGGCGAGAUUCAGUUUUGA